AUGUCUGUGGCACUUUACGGUAGUUCCACUACGAAUAUUAUUGCACCUCCAGAUGAUGAUCAAGAUACGAACAGUAACCUAAGUAUAAGGUUAAAUGAAGAAAGCUCAGUAUUACCUCCAAAAAUCAGAAAAAUACAAAAAUUUUCGCACAAUUCUGUAUUAACUAAGGCAGCAAAUACAAUGGAGGAAAUGUCAAAAAUAGCUAGAGAGAGAUCAGUUUCUAAAGCAACACAAGAUUCUUUAGAGACAUUUGGUCAGUUUGUAGUGGCUGAGCUACGUGGUAUUCAAGGUGCAAGCAACGAGUAUACUGUACGGAAAACUAAAAGAAAAAUUCAGAUGGUUUUAAUGGAGGGCUGGGAUAUGAUUGAUCAACCAACUCUGCUACCUAGCCCUGUUUCAUCCCAAUCAUCUUCAAAUCAAUGGAUAUUAACAACCCAGACACCAGGUGCUUGUAAUAUUCUGCAAAUUAAUCCAGAUAAUCAAAUGCAAGCAGAUGGUAAUACUUCAGAGGAUGUAGUUGAAAAUGCAAUACAUAUGGCUAAUAUAACAAGAUCUGAUUAUGAUCCUGCAUGUUUUUCUCAAUUAAACUAA